AGUGGGGAUGCACGAUUGUCUUUGAUGGGGCGCCGUAGUAGAGUGAAAAUUCACCCCCAAAAGUCGGUGGAAAGGGGAAGGGAAUAUGGAUAUUCCGAGGCUUCUUCUUCUCUCUGCUUCGCUGGUCGCUCUUCUCUCCAUAGCCUCAAUCCCCCUUCUCAAUCUCAAUGGCCACUUCGCCAGAGUGUUGAAUCGGAGAUCGUCGGCGCAGGAUGCGGACUUGGUGGUCCGGAACGCCACCAUUUACACCGCCGACGAAUCGCUCCCCUUCGCGGACUCCAUGGCCAUCCGCGGCGGCCGGAUCCUCCGUGUCGGCACCUAUUCCUCAAUCCAGGAUUUGGCUGGAUUUGCGACUAAGGAGCUGAAUGCAGAUGGAAAAGUUGUGGUUCCAGGAUUUAUUGAUUCUCAUGUGCACUUUAUCUUUGGAGGACUUCAGAUGGCACGAGUGGAACUGCGCGGUGUUAACCGAAGAGAACUUUUUGUUAGCAAAGUUAAGGAUGCAUUAACAAGUAUAAAAUCCGGAUCUUGGGUAUUGGGUGGUGGGUGGAACAAUGAUCUUUGGGGAGGAGAUUUGCCAAUGGCUUCUUGGAUUGAUGAUAUUACACCUCAGAAUCCUGUUUGGCUAUCAAGGAUGGAUGGACAUAUGGGCUUGGCAAACUCCUUGGCACUAAAACUUGCUGGAAUAUCUCGUGACACACAGGAUAUAGACGGAGGAGCUAUAAUGAAAAACAGUGAUGGAGAACCUACUGGUUUGUUGAUAGAUUCUGCAAUGAAGCUUGUGUUUUCCUGCAUCCCUGAACCUUCAGUACAAGAAAGGAGGAAAGCUUUUUUAUCGGCAAGCAGCCUUGCGGUGAUGAGGGGUGUGACAACAGUAGUCGAUUUUGGGAGAUACUUCCCUGGUUCAUCUGCAGAACUCCCAUGGGAGGAUCUUUCAGAUGUGUACCAAUGGGCUGAUCUGUCAGGAAAUAUGGUGAUCCGUGUUUGCUUAUUCUUUCCAUUGGAGACCUGGGCACGCUUGGAGGGUUUUGUAAAGAAGGUUGGCUGUAGCCUGAGCCAAUGGAUUCACUUGGGUGGUGUGAAGGCUUUUGCUGAUGGAUCUUUGGGAUCUAACAGUGCAUUGUUUUAUGAGCCAUAUGUUGAUGAGCCUCACAACUAUGGACUACAAGUACUGGAUUUGGAUCAGCUAUAUAACAUGACACUUUCUUCAGAUAAAUCUGACCUUCAGAUUGCCAUUCAUGCUAUAGGGGACAAAGCCAAUGACCUAAUCUUGGAUAUGUAUGCUUCAGUGGCUUCUGAGAAUCAAAGCAAGGAUCGGCGGUUUAGGAUUGAACAUGCUCAACAUUUGGCCACUGGGAGUGUUGCACGGUUUGGUGAGCAAGCAAUAGUUGCUUCAGUGCAGCCAGACCACUUAUUGGACGACGCUGAUUCUGCAAUCAAGAAACUUGGGCUGAAGAGGGCAGAGGAAGGGUCCUAUUUAUUUAAGUCACUCCUCGCAAACAAUGCACAAUUAGCAUUUGGGUCUGACUGGCCAGUAGCUGAUAUUAAUCCACUGAGAAGCAUCAAGACCGCAAUGGAAAGAGUACCUCCUCCAGGCCGCGAACAACAGAAGGAGGAGCCAUGGAUUCCAUCUGAGCGCUUAAGUCUAAAGGAGGCACUCGAUGCGUACACAAUCUCAGCCGCCCGGGCAUGCUUCCUUGAGAAAGAUGUAGGAUCACUCUCUCCAGGAAAGUGGGCAGAUUUUGUGGUUCUGUCUGCUGAUUCUUGGGAUUCCUCCUUUGCAAAUGCUGAAGGUGUGGGAUCUACAACAACCACAGUCCAAGCAACAUAUGUUGGUGGAACCCAGGUUUAUCCCAAAGCUAAUUAUAAUGAAAUGGAUCUUGAGAGAGUAUGAAAUAAACAUAUUGUGACAUGUAUGCAAUUAUGAAUGCAGCCAGGGGUUGUAAUUUUUGUGCUCAAACUAGAGACUGUGACCCCCAGAGUUGCUUAUUUGAAGUGUACUGAUUUAGUAUUGUUAGAGUGUGUGCCCUACUCUAGAGGGGUGCAUUGGGUUGCAAGAGCUCAAUUUUCUCCCCAAAGUUUAUCGAAAUCUUAAUGCUAAAAAUAAAAUGCAUAAAAGUAAAGAGUGGAAACCAUA